UGGACGCUUGCUGUAAUGGCUGCACGGAAGGAGAAUUCACUGUCUCUUGAACAUCUUACCGGCCCAAAAAGAAACACUUUCACAAAACAAAAAGAGCACAGGCUAAAAAUAAGCAGGGGGAUGCAGCUGCAACAAUGUUGGCAGGAGCUAAAGCAGAGACAGUUUACAGCCCAACAAAACAACAAGCAGCUGCUGCAGCAGUUUGAAGAGGCCCAGGACACACUGGCAGAGAUGUUAACCCUCACUGCGACCAUGAAAACUAUUCGGAUGGAGUAUGAACGGUACCUGGAGAGCUGCCCCCGCUGGCAGCAGCAACUCAAGGAGAAAACACAGGCUGCUCAGAUAAAGAUUUAUCAUCGUAAAACAACGCGUCAUCCACAGAGGACGGAGUCUUUGAGGUCAUGUCUAAAGAACACAGAGGAACGAGAGACAGCAACGUCUGCAGAUCAACCGUUACCGUCUCAAGGCUCCACCACAAUGAACCACAAUAUUGCUGCACACCCAAAGCACUACAGUCCAAACAGCCACUUACAUUACAACCAAGACAGCCCUCAUCUCUCCUCUGUGCAGUCUUCCUGGCAGACCCGCCUUCAAUCCCAGACGGCCAGCUUUCCUAUCAGAGCGCUUCAUCAACCUCAGUGUUCCUCUCAUGUCCCUCCAUAUAUCUCAACACAUCCUCACGCAUUGCAGCUCCACCUCAACUCCUCACCCAGUAAUCAACAUCCCAGACCCCCACAGCCCGACUACCCCUGGUCCUGGGCUGCUGGUGCAGCUGGGAUCCCUUCUUGCUCUGAGGCUCUGUGGGGUCAGCUCUACACGGAGCAGCUUCCUCCACACGUGAGGGCAGCGCAGGUGGUGGGGGAGGAGGCGGACACAAGCUCAAAGAGAGAGAGAGGUGGUGGGAGCAGGAGCAGUCGUUUAUCCCAGGAGCUGGAUGUCAAACCAGUUCGUCUGUCCGGUGGUUUCACAGAAAGCAGUGAGAGCACCAGGGAGCCCGGCCAGGUGAGCACAGAGAACAGAAAGAAGAGGGAGGGAGGACGUUCACUGUCUUCUUCCUCAGACAGCCAAGGAUGCAUUUCUCAGGACUCAUCUAGGUCUUCCAGUGUCAUCGUCAUCGCUGCAGUCAAAGUGGUCCAACGCUCAGAAAGUGACGCCUCAUCUAAGAAAAGCAGAACCAGCACAAGGAGGAGAAUGAGAAGUGGGGGGCUUGCUGUCGGAUCGCCAAGGGAGGAGAAGGGAAGCAAGGGAGACGAGCAAGGGAGUCACAACGAGGAGAGUCAGUCGACUAGCGAGGAGUUAGGGAGUCAAAUUGAGGAAUCCAGAAGUGAAAACGCAGAGGAUCGAAACCUUGAUGAUACAUCAGAACACUGUGGAGAGGAGUCUGGAUCCCAGAAGGAGGAAGAAACAGGAAGUGAUAGUAUAAAGAUUGAAAACGGAGGUGGAGAUGAAAUAGAAAAGCAGGCGAGUAGCAGCUCACAAGAAAGCAAUGUCGGAGAAAAGGAUGAGGAAGAUCUAGAUGGAGAAGAUGAAUACAGUCAGAUGGAUGAAGACCAAGAGGAGAGAGAUGGGGAGGAGGAUCGUGAGGCUGCUGAGAGGAAGAAUGCAACAGAGGAUGACGAGGAGACUGGAGCAGAGGAUGAGGAGCAGAAUUCAGAGGAUGAAGAAAUGGACGAGAGUGACAGAGGUGAAGACAACAUGGAGGACAGGGAGUCAGAUGAAGAGGAACAGCGAGAAGACUUAGCAGAACCAGAGGAGAGCGACUCAGACGACAGCAUCAUCUCACCCCAAGACAAGUCUAAAAAGAUGCACAUUAUUCCAGAGGCAAGUGAAGAAGAUGAGAAGGAAGAGGAGAGCAAAACAGGAUCCUCUGACGAUGACUCGAAUGAGAUCAGCGAUGAAGACGAUGUUGAGAAUCUACUUGCACCUCAAGAACUAUCGGAGAAAAAAGAAGAAAAGGACUUGAGAGCAGAUGAGCAACCCAAAGCAAUGUGUGACAACGUGGAGAUUUUCCAAGUGGAGCUGGACAAAUCAACAAAGUCUGACCACCCAAGUGACUCGGAGUUUGACGACUUUUAUGCUUAAAUGUUUCAUAUUAGAUACAACUUCUGAAAAAGAAGGUCUGUAAUGUUCUAUUGUUGAUAGUUUUGUUUUCAGAUGUUUGAUAAAAGAUUGAUAUAUAUACA